AUGUCCAGUCCUGAAACCGAUGAAGUCCUAUACGCAUAUAUUGAUGUGGCCCCUCAUGCUGUGAGCUUGGUGUUAAUACGGGAUGAAAAUGGCCUUCAAAAGCCAGUCUAUUACGUGAGCAACUCAUUGCAUGAAGCUGAGGUCAGAUACUUACCCUUGGAGAAAGCCAUACUAGCUGUGGUCCAUGCUACACAAAAGCUUCCCCAUUAUUUCCAAACCCACACAAUGGUUGUUUUAACCCAACUACCCUUGAAGUCCGUACUUCAGACUGCUGAUUACACUGGAAGGAUUGCCAUAUGGAGCACAAUUCUGGGAGCUUUUGACAUCAAGUACAUGCCUCGGACCUCCAUAAAAGACCAGGUCCUAGCUGACCUGGUGGCCAAAUUUACUGAACCACCAGUAGAAAUAGUAGCAGAGGAGCGAGACAUGGAUGGAAAAUCGAUUGGGGUAAUUUCUAUGCUAGGACCCCCAUGUUGGAAGGUGUACGUUGAUGGUGGAGCAAAUCAAAGGGGGUCCGAAGUGGGGCUAGUCCUAGUAUCUCCUAAGAAGACUAUCAUAGAGAAAUCCCUGAGACUUGGGUUCUCGGCCACGAAUAACAAAGCCGAGUAUGAGGCCUUAUUACAAGGAAUGGCCAUGGUGCAGAAAAUGGGAGGAAAAGCAUUAGAGAUAUUCUCGGACUCGAGAUUGGUAGUGGGCCAAGUAAAGGGAGAGUUAAAAGCUAGAGAUGCGAGGAUGCAAGAGUACUUAAGCCAGGUCAAAUGCUUGCAGUCAGACUUCAAUCUUUUCAGCUUGUCACACAUCUCUAAAAGUGGAAACACCCAUGCAGAUUCAUUGGCCACACUUGCUACCUCCUCAGCAGGGGGUCUACCUCGAAUUAUUCUUGUUGAGCAUCUGGAUAGAGAAAAUGAGGUUGCAAAAGGCAUGGUCCAUAUCCAUGAGGUUAGAGUGGGUCCUAGCUGGAUGGACCCUAUAGUGAGGUUCCUCAAAGAUGAUACCCUGCUCGAGGAGAAGUCAAAGGCUGAAAAAAUACGAAGAAACGCUCCUCGAUUCUGGUUGUCUGAGGACCACAAAUUGUAUAAACGCUCCUAUUUAGGGCCAUAUUUACUGUGUAUUCGCCCUGAAGCAUCAGAAUUACUACUUGAAGAGUUGUACAAAGGGAUCUGUGGGAGUCACACAGGAGGAAGAUCUUUGUCGCACCGAGCCAUUACCCAGGGAUAUUGGUGGCCGGGGAUGCAGAAGGAAGCCCUAGAAUAUGUUAAGAAAUGUGACCAAUGCCAAAGGUACUCAACUCUAGCUUAUCCUCAGGGAAAUGGACAAGUUGAGGCUGUCAACAAGGUCAUAGUCAAUGGGCUUAAGAAGAGACCGGAUGAUGCCAAAGGAAGAUAG